AAAAAGAGAAAAGGUGUCAAAGCUAGAGGACUAAAAUCAUAAUUUUCCAUAAAACUUUUGAUAUUGACUUCUCCUCCUUCUUCAUUGCCCGCCCAGUCCCAGACCUUUGCGCGCCGAACAGAAACAGCCUUGUCUUAUACCGCCCAGUAUUCUCAAUGGAGAAAGAGAGACUCAAAUCUCUCACCGCCGUCCACGUGAAGCUUUUGGCCUUCGACCUCCUCGCCCUAACCCGAACCCCUCACACCUUCUCCCGUCGCGGCCUCUUCCUUUCCCGCGCCGAAACCCUCGGCACCGUCACCUCUCGCGAUCACAAGCCUGGACGCUUCCUCAAGUUUGCGGUCGACGACGGCACAGGCUGCGUCCCCUGCAUCCUCUGGCUCAACCACCUCACCUCUCCCCACUUCGCGCCUCGCCGGGCGGCGGACCAAGACGGCCUACUGAUGGCUGCCGGCGUGGCGGCCUCCCAGUCGUCGGAGGUCAGGAUCGGGGCCGUCGUGAGGGUGCGAGGCAGGAUCACGAGCUACAGAGGGUCGGUGCAGAUCACUGUGGCGAACGUGGUGGUCGAGAGGGACCCCAACGCCGAGAUCCUCCAUUGGUUGGAUUGUCUCAGGCUGGCCCGUAAGGUUUAUGAUCGCCGCUCCAUCUCCUGUCCAUAGAUUAGAUAGAUAGAUAUGCCCCCGCUUUACAUUUUUUCCCCCCUUCUCUCUCAAUUACUAUGUUAGAGAUCCGAGAUAUAGAUGAGGCUUCUGUACCCAUCUCUGUAUUGCUGGUUCGUUAUAAUCAGGUUCGCGCCGUUCCCCCCCGGAAGGAAAGAGUGCAAUCGCGUCCAAUUUUAAGCUCUUCAACCUCUUGCAUUGAA